AUGGGGGUGCCAGUUGUGGACAUGGCGGGGGGGGAGGAGGAGGCGGCGCGACGGAUGAGCGAAGCAUGCAGGGAGUUCGGGUUCUUCUACCUGGUGGGCCAUGGCGUCGAGGAGGAGCUGAGAGCGAAGCUGUACGAGGAGAUGCGAAGGUUCUUCGCUCUCCCUGAGGGGACGAAGGAGAAGUACCACACAAGGACCAACAGCUACAACAGAGGUUGGACGCCAAUGGAGGAGGAGACGCUGGACCCGUCGAAGCAGACGCGAGGAGACACCAAGGAAGGAUACUACAUUGGAAGAGAGAUCCCCCUCGAGGGCCACCCCAUGUCGGGGAAGCCGCUCCAUGGCCCCAACGUGUGGCCGUCGGAGGAGGAGCUACCGGGAUGGAAGGAGACUAUGGAGAGAUACUUUGAGAGCGUCUCCAUGGUCGGGCACAGGCUGCUGCGCCUCCUCGCGCUCUCUCAGCCAAUGCUCUUUCUGCGGCUGCUCCACUACUCGGAGAUCAAGUCGUCGGUGGAUGAGGAGGGGAAGGGAGUCUACGCAUGCGGCGAGCACACGGACUACGGGAUGAUCACCCUCCUCUCGACCGAUGAGAACCCCGGACUGCAGAUCAAGCUGAAGGAUGGGCAGUGGAUUGACAUUCCUCCUCGCAAGGUGACUGGAGAGAAGAAGGAGGAGAGGGAGGAACAUCAGGAGGAGGAGAAAGAGAAGUAG